AAAUAAGAUGAGUAAGUUCGUUAUAAGUUCAGUUCAAAAGUAUAGUUGCAUAGUUAGUUUAUUGCAUAAAGCGUAUCAAUAUUGAAAAUGGUUUCACUCAAUAAUUUAUAUCUCUACACAUUCUUUAUGUGCUUAAUUUAUUUCAAUUGUGAAGCAUAUCGAAUAUUAGUAAUUUCUCCUUUUAAUUCAAAAAGUCAUAAUAACAUGUUAGAAAGUGUUGCCAAAGCCCUAGCAUUAAAGGGUCACAAAGUUGAUGUUAUUUCACAUUUCGAAUUAAAGAAUCCACCGAAAAAUUAUUCAACAAUUCUCAAUUUGGAUGGUACAAUGCCAAAAUUCGUAAAUUCCUGGACAAUGGAAAUGGUGGAUAUUUUUCAGAAUAUUGAUCUCAUUCCUACAAUGAUACGUGAUUUUGGAAAUAAUUAUUGUGAUCUAAUGGCUAAUGAGAAGAUGCAAAAGAUUAUCAAAAAUCCACCAAAGGAUCCUCCUUAUGAUUUGGUUAUAACAGAGGCAUUGGCGACUAAUUGUUAUUUUGGUUUCGGACACUUGUUGAAAGUUCCAGUUGUCGCUGUAUCUGGUCUAAUACAAAUGUUGUGGUUUGAUGAAAUACUUGGCAACCCAAUGUCAAGUGCUUAUGCAGUGAAUAUGGAGAUGAAAGCUGAACGAAUUACAAAUUUCUGGGAUCGUGUGAAAAAUCAUUUUUGGGCUCACUACAAUAAUUAUCAGUUCUUUAAGUACACGGAAAAAAAUCAAACCGAAGUGAUGAGGAAAUAUUUAAGUCCCGACAUGCCAAAUAUUAGGGAAAUUGAAAAAAAGACAUCUUUGAUUUUAGUUAAUGCCUAUCAGAGUUUUUUUGGCAUAAGACCAUUGGCACCAGCUGUGGUUCAAAUUGCAGGACUUCAGAUUGAACUCAGUGAUGCAAAAUUAACACCUGAAUUGAAGAUAUGGUUGGACGAAAGUAUGGACGGUGUAGUUUUCUUCACUCUGGGCUCAAUGGUUAUUAUCGAAGACUUUUCAAAAGAGGUUCUAUUAGGGAUCUACGCUUCUUUUGCGAAAUUAGCGCCAAUUCGUGUCCUGAUGAAAGUUGUAAAUAAGGAUAAACUUCCUCCGGGUCUGCCGAAGAAUGUCCUGACAAUGUCCUGGAUUCCUCAGAUUCCAGUUUUACGGCACAAAAAUACCAAAUUAUUCAUGACUCAUGGCGGCUUAAACAGUGUUCAAGAAGCCUUGUACUUUGGUGUACCAAUGAUUGGUUUUCCAUUAUUCGGUGAUCAGCCAUUGAACAUUCGACUUUUAGCUGACAAAAAUGUUGUCUACACAAUGAGUUACAAAGAAAUUUCCCAAAAAUCGUUGGAUAAAGCAUUGCACGCAGUUAUUUAUGAUCCAAAGUAUCGGGAAGCUGCGAGGCGUGAAGCUCAAUUGUUCCGAGAUCGUCCAAUGAGCGCGAAAGACACGACUGUAUUUUGGGUAGAGUACAUUAUAAGAAAUGGGGCAAAUUCAUUACGAUCGCCAGCAAUGGAUAUGCCUUGGUGGCAAGCGGAACUCGUCGAUGUCUAUGCAUUUUUCUUUAUUUCCCUUCUUUUAAUAAGCUACACAACUUUUUUCAUUUUUACAAAGUUUACUUGCCUAAUUUGUAGUAUUUUCAAUUCCAAUCCUCAAAAUCACAAGAAAAGGGAUUGAUAUCCAUGUAAAUAGAUUUUUUUUAAACAUUUAACAAGUUAAAAUUUAAUUUGUAUAUAUAGAAUAAUUUUAGAUUUAGAAAUUUAAUUAUAAAUUUUAUUCACAACGAAACCAUUAUGAUUACGAUACUAGUUAAAAAUAAUAAAUUAUUCAACAUUCCAUAAAAUAAUGUCGUACAUCUAAAAAAUGGACUUUUUUUAUCGAAAUCUCAAAAUUUUUUAUUUAAUGCAAAAAAUUAUAC